ACUCCACUUAUAUCUCUGUCUGACCCCACUUCCCUCAGCCUGAGUCUUCUGGAUCUUUAUGCUGGGCCAGUCCUGUAAUCCCCGGCUCCCAACCAAGGGCCCCUGGACCUGGCUUGUGAUGUUGGCAGUGCGGCCAGUGUGGGUGUGAUCUGGCUGUUCUCUUCCCUGUCCCCCUCCAUGGAAGAUCCCUGUAGCUUUAACUUUCUGCCCACGCUCCACAUCACCCUUGAAGGCCAACCGACCUUUCAAAAUGGCUUAUUCAGUCUUCCUUCUUCCUGCCUCACAAGCAACAUCCACAUCCACACAUACCACAGGCAGACCCCUGCCAGACUGCCUCUACUCCCAGCAGGGCCAGGUGCCUGGCUGGGCUUGGCACUGACCAUGCCAGGGGACCAGUGGAAACAGCAUCAAGCGUGCAGAGACAGGCGGCUGGAAGCCGGGAGCAAAAAGUGUCCGUCAGAGAAGACCUCAGCCUGGGCCAGAUACCCCCACAGGAUGGACUCGCUGCAGAAACAGGACCUCCGGAGGCCCAAGAUCCACGGGGCAGUCCGGGUGCCCCCCUAUCAGCCACCCACGCUGGCCUCACUGCAACGCUUGCUGUGGGUCCGUCGGGCUGCCGUGCUGAGCCACAUUAACGAAGUCUGGCCCAACCUCUUCCUGGGAGAUGCGUACGCAGCCCGGGACAAGAACAAGCUGACCCAGCUGGGCAUCACCCACAUCGUGAAUGUUGCCGCAGGAAAGUUUCAGGUGGACACAGGUGCCAACUUCUACCGUGGAAUGCCCUUGGAGUACUAUGGCAUUGAGGCUGAUGACAACCCCUUCUUCGACCUCAGUGUCUACUUUCUGCCCGUUGCUCGAUACAUCCAAAGUGCCCUCAUCAUUCCCCAAGGCCGCGUGCUGGUACACUGUGCCAUGGGGGUGAGCCGCUCUGCCACGGUUGUCCUGGCCUUCCUCAUGAUCUGCGAGAACAUGACGCUGGUGGAGGCCAUCCAGACAGUGCAGGCGCACCGGGAUAUCUGCCCCAACUCAGGCUUCCUCCGGCAGCUCCAGGUUCUGGACAACCGACUGGGGCAGGAGACGGGGCGGCUGUGACCUGGUGGGCAACCAGGAACCCUGACCCUCCAGCCAGCAUGGCCCACCCAACCAGCCUGACCCUGGGGACCUUGCUUCCAGUCACCUUGAGAUGUAAAUAGCAAGUGGGGGCUUAGCUGAGGCAGAGGCAGGGAGAGCUGGGUGGUGACCUUUAGCAGGUGGAUCUCCCUGACCCAAUCCAAAGAUUCUUUAUGCAGAAAAGAGUUCAGUCUGUCUCUAUAAUAAAAGGUUCAUCAUAAUAAAGACA